AUGAAACUAUUAAAUCUAUUAGUAUUGGCUGUUGCGCUCCUGGCUCUCUUUGCUGUACAAAUUGAAGCUAGGGCAGGAGGUAGUCCUGCAGAGAACCACGCUGGUGGUGGAGGACAUGCUGGAGGUAGAAAAGGAAAUGGUGGAAAAGGUGGAGGUGGAAAAGGUGGUGGAAGACAUGGUGGUGGAAAAGGUGGUGGAGGACAUGGUGGUAAUGCUGGACAUGGUGGUGGAAAAGGUAGUGGAGGUAUUGCUGGACAUGGUGGUGGAAAAGUUAGUGGAGGUAAUGCAGGACAUGGAGGUUAUGCUGGACAUGGUGGUGGAAAAGGUAGUGGCGGUAAUGCUGGAUAUGGUGGUAAUGCUGGACAUGGUGGUGUUGGACAUGGUGGUGGGCAUGGUGUGGGUGGUGUACAUGGUGCUGGUGGACAUGGUGCUGGUGGCAAGGACAAUUCAGAACAACUAGCUUUCGAGUUUGCCAAGCAUGUAGGAGCGGCAGCUGCCCGAGAAAGUGUUAAGCAAUUUAUAAAGAAGCAUUUGUAAAUUUUUAAAUACAAAAUGGAGAAAUAAAUACAAAAUAAUU